AUGAAUUUGACGAUACCGUGUGAAUUAUCUGAUUAUAUACAAGCUAUCAUAACUUUUAACAAGCUAUCAUAUCAAAACUAUGAAAGCUAUGAAGUGUUAUACAAGAAGCUACUUACUUACUUGAAGAAAGAAAACAUAUCUCUACCAAAGGAUCUUGUUGUCAAACAGGAGAAACCAAAGAAGUGGGUAGAUGAAGAAGAGUCUUCUGAUAAUGAGGAGCCAAAAGGAAAGUGUAUAAUGGUUCACAUUGAUGAAUUUCACACUGAAAAAUGUGACAACAGAUCCAACAUGGUUGAUGAUGACCUCUCUCUAGCUGCAAGAGAUUCAAAGAGGCAAGAUUGGGUUCCUUCUUUCAUAUUGUUCUCUCUUCCAGACGAUUUACACGGUUGAUACUAUUUUGCUUGAUAAGCAAUUAUUUCUUUAUGAUUGCUUUAUGUUUUAAUUUUUUUACUGAUUUUCUUUUUAUAACUCAAAAACUUAAGUUUUUAUGAUUUAAGCUUCAAGAAUCAUAACAUUUUAGCCCGCGUUCUACCAAAGGAG